GCUCGGUCGAGUUCAAUGACCGCGCGUGAGUACCAAGGUGUUCGCACGCGAAUACCGCGGGUGUCGUGCGCGUCCCGUGUCUUCGUUGUUUCGGAACUUCGACAUUCGUACGGGAGUACGAUGAGGAGCUCUCGCGUUUGAAAGGAAGCGCGAGGUCGCGUGUCAGUCAGGUGGGUACCGCGAGCGCUCGGCAAUCCGGUUGGGAAUGAUAAUGCGCUCAACACUGUGUCGCUCGUAUGCAAACGGAGUCAACAAAUAAAUAACUGUUGUGGAAGUGUUGGUGCCCGUGACUUUUGUCCAUCGGCGACAAAAGUAACAACGAGGAUUGCAUUAUCAUCGGCAGAAGGGGAAUGGUCGAGACGUAAGAGGAGAUUUUCACGCCGCGAGGUAGACGGAAGGUCGCAGAGCUGUGUGAGGAAGCGGUGACACGACAAAACCGGUCGUCCACGGCGGCUACGUCGCAACGAGGACAGAAGAAAGGGGAGCGACGUUCGAAUCAAAGCGCAAGGUGGUGCGUGACGCUUACACCACGCGGUGACACGCGUGUUACGAGAGCGAAGCGAGUUGGAGAAGGCGGACGAGCGAGAAGGAAGGAAGGACAGACGGACGCGCGCGCGCGCUCGCGUAUUCGUAUUCACGGACAUAUACAUCGCAUCCUCGUAGUGUGUUUAUUGCGCGGCGCGAAUCGAGCGUGCCUCUCGUCGCACUAGGAGGUGUGCGUUGUGGUUGUUCUCCGGUCGUGCUCUUGUCGAAGCGGCAUUCGCGCUCGCAGGAACCGGAGCCCGCGGAGCCCGAUCAGUGUACCCGAAAGCACGUAUUUCUCCUUCUCUCUCUUGCCCUCUUCCUCGUUCCCCUCUCUUUCUCUCUCCUUCUCUGUCUAUCCUUCUUCACAGUGAACGCGCGCUCAACUCAUCAUCCAAGGAACGACGCGUCGUCGAUCAUCGUUACGGCGGAAGAGAAGCGAGAAAAUGGCCGACAAUUGGUCUCAGAGUGUUGUUUGCCGAUACUUCAAGAAUGGCGCUUGUCGUGAAGGAAAUAACUGCCGAUAUCGGCAUGUACAAGGGAGCAGAAAUGAUGCAAGUGUCAACGAGGCAGCGUCGACCUAUAGCUCUGCUCAUAAUACUCAUGUUACUUGUCGCUUCUUCAAACAUGGCAUGUGUAAGUUCGGUAAUCAGUGCCGAUUUCGUCACAGUUCAAGUACCGCGGAUAGCAACAAUGCCGCGCUAACAAACACAAUGGAAAAUUCUGCCUCAGGUCAGCAUAACAGUACAGCAAAUUCUUCGAGAAACAAGAAAGCUGAUAAACGCAAUGCUGAAGAAUGGGUUAAAGCACCAGAGUUUAUACCUACAACCGGGUCUCCGAUCGCUGGAUCAUCUAUUGAUGGAUCAUCCACUUCAGGAACAUCUCCAAGCACGUCAAUGCCAGUCUCGUAUGCUCAGGCUGUUAAUCCAUCUGGUCAAGCCUCAAAUCCUGCCUUAGAACCUCUAUGUCCCUAUGCCGAAGCAACUGGAAUCUGUAAAAAUUCAAAUUGCACAUAUCUACAUGGUGACAUUUGUGAAUUAUGUGGCCGUGCAGCUCUUCAUCCACACAAUGAAGAAUUGAGGAAGAAACAUACGAAUGCAUGCGUAAAGCAACACGAAGCAGAUAUGGAAUUAUCCUUUGCCAUUCAACGCAGCAAAGAGAAAUCUUGCGGCGUUUGUUUCGAGACAAUAAUGGAAAAAUCCUCGCGAGAACAGAGAUUUGGUAUAUUACCAAAUUGCAAUCACUGCUUCUGUCUAACUUGCAUCAGAAAAUGGCGCCAAGCCAAACAGUUUGACAACAAAAUUAUAAGAGCAUGUCCUGAGUGCCGUAUUCCUUCAGACUUUGUCUGCCCCAGUAUGUAUUGGGUGGACACAAAGGAGGAAAAGGAGAAGCUAAUAAGAGAUUAUAAAGGCGCCUUGAGUACCAAGGAUUGCAAGUACUUCAACAAGGGUCGCGGCAAGUGUCCGUUUGGUAAUAAAUGUUUCUAUCUUCACGCGCUUCCGGAUGGGACUAAAAAAGACGUGGGUCCACCAGUUCGACAGAGGCGUAGCACCGCUGACUCUGACAUCGACAUCCUGCAUCAACUAAUCUUGUGGGAUUUCUUCGAUGAAAGGGACGAUCGUUGGAUGUAUCUCGAUUUAGAAGAUAUCCCUUUCUUCUCAGAUUCCGACGAUUCCGAUUGGUCCGAUUAUGAGCUGUCGUUCGAUUAGACGAGCAAAACUAGUCGACCGACACAAAACUGCCUUGAUACUAUUGUUAUCAUUGCUAUUUUGUUGCUAUGUCGAUAUCUACUUCCUUUAUCAUUCGUGCGCGGCUUUAGCGACUAAGAAAAUUACUAGAUAAUAGAAAUUAAUUUGAAUUAUUAUAAUUCGAAGACGUUCUAGCUACGUAGAAGAAAAAAACGAAAAAAA